AUGGCCGCGGGGAGCUGCAAGCCCGAGCGGCGCGACGCCUCUUGCUCACGCAACCCGCCGCUCCCUCUCCGCUCCCACCAUGAGAUGCGCUUCGCUUUGGCGCCCGAGCUGCUACGCCCCCUCUCGGCCUCACAGAGCCUGCCACCUCCCGUGGCCUGCGUCCAGUCCACGCGCGCCGGCUGCAUCCUCAACAUCCCGGGCAUCGUGAUGGGCACCAUCGUGCUCUCCUCCGGCACCUCCGUCCCCGACUCGCUCUCCUCCAUCGUCGUCGCGCGCAAGGGCGAGGGCGACAUGGCCAUCGCAAAUGUGCCAUCGCAAACGUGCUCGGCGUCCAACAUCCUCGUCAUCACCAAGUUCCUGGUGCAUGUCGUCACGGCGGACGGCGUGUGA